GGGCCGGGUGCGGCCCUCCCGCAGCCCUCGCUCCGCGGGCGGGCGGCGGCGCCCCGGGCGGGCGUGGAGUAGGGGCUGCGCCGCGCUGCUGGCAGCAUGUCGGGAUCGCGCUGCCAGACGCUGUACCCCUUCUCCGGGGAGCGGCACCGCCAGGGGCUCCGCUUCGCCGCGGGGGAACUAAUCACGGUGCUGCAGGUGCCGGACGGCGGCUGGUGGGAAGGGCAGAAGGAGGACGGGCUGCGCGGCUGGUUCCCGGCGAGCUACGUGCAGCUCCUGGAGCAGAAGCCCAGAAAAGCAACUCAUCAGCCAGGAGAAGAUACCUUGAACGGCCAUCUUCCCCCAGGCUGGCAGAGCUAUAUGUCUCCACAGGGCCGCAGGUACUAUGUGAACACCUUCACAAAUGAGACAACCUGGGAGCGGCCAAGCAGUGUGCCUGGGACCCCAAAGAGUCCUGUGACACAGCAGAGCCCAGCAGUGAAUGGCUACCACAUUUCUGGAACCCCGGUACACCAACUAGACUCUGUUCACAUGAAUCUCCGAAAAGCCAGUGGGGACCCCCAGACCCCGGGGUCCCCGGCGGCGCCGAGGAGGCAGAGCAAGGAGAGCAGCCUGACGAUAAACUCUGUAACUUUCCCCCACCCUGACAUAAUGCCAGAGCAGCAGUUGUUGAAACCUUCAGAGUGGAGCUACUGUGAUUAUUUCUGGGCUGAUAAGAAGGAUUCACAAGGGAACAAUACGGUGUCAGGAUUUGAAAUUCUGCUUCAAAAGCAACUUAAAGGGAAACAAAUGCAGAAAGAAAUGGCAGAGUUCGUUCGAGAAAGUUUUCUACAGCUAUCACUAAUGUCUCAGCUAUCUCACUCAUACUGCCCAGUAUGCCCAUUUAGAUGGAGGGAAUCCGGAAGUUUUAAGUUGCAGAGGAUAAAGAUUGAGGAGGAAUAUGCUAAGAACCUGUCCAAACUGUCUCAGAAUUCCUUGGCUGCUCAGGAAGAAGGCACACUGGGAGAGGCUUGGGCUCAGCUGAAGAAGAGUCUUGCUGAUGAAGCAGAGGUUCAUCUCAAAUUUUCUUCUAAGCUUCAGAGCGAAGUAGAGAAGCCCCUGCUCAACUUCAGAGAGAACUUUAAGAAGGACAUGAAGAAGUGUGACCACCAUAUUGCAGACUUAAGGAAGCAACUGGCCAGCCGCUAUGCAGCAGUUGAAAAGGCCCGGAAGGCUUUGACAGAGAGACAGAAGGAUCUGGAAAUGAAAACACAGCAGCUGGAGGUGAAGCUCAGCAACAAGACAGAAGAAGAAAUUAAAAAGGCAAGGCGAAAGUCUACUCAGGCAGGAGAUGACCUGAUGCGUUGUGUGGAUCUUUACAAUCAAGCCCAGUCCAAGUGGUUUGAGGAAAUGGUGACUACCACUCUGGAGCUUGAGAGACUAGAAGUUGAAAGGGUGGAGAUGAUUCGGCAGCAUCUCUGCCAGUAUACACAGCUGCGGCAUGAGACAGACAUGUUCAACCAAAGUACAGUAGAGCUUGUUGAUCAGCUGCUUCGGAAAGUGGAUCCUGCCAAAGACAGGGAACUGUGGGUAAAAGAACACAAAACUGGAGAUAUUCGGCCUGUGGACAUGGAAAUCUAGGCUGUUCUUACAGCUGUGAUGAGCCCGCUGAAUUAACCAGGCUAAUGGGUUGUUUUUUUAGGGGUCAGAAGAGCGUAGGGCAAAGGCUGUUCCACUACCAGACACCUUGUAAUUUAUGCCUGUAUAGGCUGUCUGUUAAAUUUAGUCAUAAAAAUGGUCCUUGUUGUGCUAAGCCUUAAGCACCAAACAUUCCAGGGUGAAGAAAAUAGAUCUGUGCUUUCCACCAGAGGUUCCCAAUUGCACUCAGCUUCCAGAAGAAAUCUACUUUCUGGUACAGAGAGAGCUCUGGUCUUCAGUGACUUUUGUGCUACAUCCCUUGCAUGACUAUCGUAUAUAUUAUGUUAGAACAACCACUCAGUGCGCUUCUGGCCAGCAAGCAAGUAGGUAACCAAACACAGUGCAGGAGGCAAGGAAGUGCUGCUCAAGAAUCCCAGGCCUGUCACUGACUGCUUUCAUAACUACAGACAUGUCAAUAAACUUUUCUGGCUCCGCCAUCAGUUAAACAUACAUAUCUUGCAUUAAUGUUGUAUGAAUACAUUUAUUUCAUAUAACAUAGUUUCCCACAGUGGCCCUUUGGAAAUACCUAUGGAGAAGACUCCUCCCUGUUUUAUACUCCCUCUCAGGGAUAUAUAAACCCAUUUUCAUUGUUUUUGUGCUAGGCCAAUCUGUAAAGUGUUACCAUCCCUGUUAUUUAACAGGAAAGAUUUGGUUGUGCUGUACCUACCUCAUUAGCUGUUGGAGUGCCCCCUCAGUGACAAAAGGAGGUUGCAUAACAAAGAAUAAAUGAGUUGUUCUAAAGCUUUCUGCUUAUUAAACAUUUUAUUUGGGAUCUAGAUUUAAAUUGCUCUUUGUUGUUUUCUUCAGGUGAAUAUCAGAGCCUUUAGCUAUAUUUAUUUACCAAAUUUGUCUAGAUAAAUUGUGACUUUUAUCUUUUUAUAGCCUGAUUUUCAAAAGUGCCAAAGUGUGAUUCUAGACUGCAUCAGGUGUAGAUAUAGGUGCCCAGCAUUUCUGAAUCAGAUUCCUACUAGUUUCUCUGUUCUUAUCUAUAGUGCAAACUACCAAAAGUUCAGCACAGCUCCUGUUACAGGGUUGUGUAAUUUGGAGACUGGUUUUCAAAAGGUAUUUUCUUCUCACACUGUUAUUUCAGAGUGUUGCUGUUAAUCUGUUUUCCAGUUUCUCUUACUCAAGACUCUUCAAUUCCAGCAGAAAGUCCCUCUUGGAGAUCUCGUAUCUGCCUGGGUAUGGUCUUGGACCAGUGCCCUGGGUGACCUUGCUUGAACAGUGGGUUUUGACCAUACGAUCUUUAGAAGUCAUUUCCAAACUCAACCAUUCUGUGAGUCUGUGAAACCUUCACUCUCACCACUGCGGCCUUUCCUUUGUACUGUGGUGUGAGCUGCUGUUUCCUGAACAAUGUUAUUUUGUUUGAUCCACAUUUUCAUUCCAUUUUUAUCUCAUUGUUAACAUUCCUUUUUCCCUGGUAUGAAACUUUUGUCUUUCCUUUGUCACUCUUUUAGGUUUUUCUUCACCAGUCUCAAAUUAUUGUGCUGUGGGAAGUUCACUGAGAAUUAAUCCUUACAAAUACAAGCUGAGAUGCAGAGAAGUCUGAUCUGAAGUACCUUUUAAAUAUUGCUGCAAGUGAUUAUUUUUCUGGCUUGUCAUUUCGAACUUGCGGUUUCCUGUUGUUCCUUUUGUUCUUUCCCCACCAUUUCUUUACUAGUAUAGAUUCACAGAAAAAAGGCUGGACACCUUUUAUUUACCUGAGUUAUUCCCAUCUUGCCAUCUCUUCAGCUCCUUUCUCUGCUAUGUCACUAGCUUUAUAAACCUUUGCAUGUUGGCAGGUCCAGUGUUGUGACUGUUGCAUGCUUAGGAUCAUUGUUCCUGGUGUUAUUGAUUGUUAGAGCUGACACCUCUUAUACUGCACUUUUGUUACGCACUUCAGAAUUUGCAGCUGUAAUUUUAUUCUUGGUGUUGGAAGCACCCAGCAUGCUGAUACUUGAAACAUGGUUUGCCUAAGUGUCUCUCAGUCCUUGAGCUCAGUAAGACUACACACUCUUCCCUCACCUCCUGUUCUGCUUGAAUGGGGAGGUUUUGUGCUAAUUUGUCUUUUUCAGUCUUCCUGUUCAUUUACACUCUGUCCUCAGUAUGAUUCUUACUGGCAUACUGAUGUGUACUGCUGUCUCUGCCAUGCACUUUGGAGGGCAGGUAUUUUUUGUUUGUUUUUUGUUUUCCUUAAACCACAAAUGUGUGGUGGGCUUUCCAAACUACAGUGUCCAAAAUUUAGUGAUGUACUUAUGUAUCUAAGGUUGACCACUGUAUUCUAAGCCAUGUUGCAAAUUUGAAUGAGCAAUCUUGAUGACCUGUCAUCGCACUCGUGGUUGGAUUACAAAAGCAAGCUAGUCAUGCACUUUAUAUGGUAUUUUCCUUAUUAAAUACAUUAAAUACUCUGUUAGCAAUUACAGUUUAUUUUUUCCUCACUUUCCCCCCCCCCCCCUGAUUUUUAUCAUUUUACCUGUUUGGGGCUGGAAAUGCUGUCCAUUAGCACUUUUCUCUCAGGACUGAAAUUUCUUUUGAUUCCUCUUCUAAGGCAUUCUUAAGCUGCUUUCUCAGUUGAAUUUUCUGACUAAUGGGGGUUUGUUGCUUUUGUUAGGUUUUAAUUACAUUAUUUCUAGACAGUUUUCCUGCUUCUACUAUUUGAUCUGUUUGAAAUGUUGCAGGAAAGCAUAAGCUGCACAGAAUGAUAAUUUUGGUGGAGUCUGUAUCUGCUUUUUUUUUCUUCCAAAACACGAGGAGUGCACUUUCAUCUAGCUGCUGCUUGCUUUUAUUAUACCCAGCAAAUUCUCACAUGGAACUUCUCUGCAGUUAAUGAAAUGCUUCCUUUACAAUAAGACAAUAAUUUUCUAGCUGGUGAAAGUAUUAGGAGUGUUUUGCUACUGCUUGUAAAUUUAUUUCCUGGGAGUGAUACACCUUCAUGGUAUCACUCUGCAGGAAGUGGGAUCAGUGAUACUUUGCCCAUUGCAUUCUCUGACUGAUGGAUUGUGGACAAUGUGAGGCAUAUCAGGGAGUGCUGGAGACCUGGUGUUUCUGAAUGGACUGCAUCUUUAAAACUAGUAGUGGUGUUUUUGUUCCUAACAGGUGAUUCUGGGAGUUUCAGCAUUUCUUUAUUCAUCUCCUGGUAAACUGCAAAAAAAGCAGUUGUAACCAGUCUUUACUUCUCUAGACCAAGAUCAAGCUUCAUGUUAUGAUGCAAAGUGCAUGUGAAAGCGUGAGGAUGUUUCAGUGUAACUGAUAAAUAGAAACGGCAAAAUAAUUCUCUUGCCUCUAUAGGUCCUGAGCCCAGGUGUUCAUUCUUUUCUUUUUUGUCAGGCAAGUACACACAUCAUACAAGUUUUCACUGUUUGACUCACUGCAAAUAAUACACUUCUUUGUGCUUUGGUGUGUCUGUCUUGCAUCUUCACAUGGCUCCUUGGUCACAGAGCAGAAAAUGGGCUUUUGAUCAGCAUGGAUUGUUUUUACCUAAAGAAGUGCUGUUCAUGGGAAUUUGCCUCUGACUCCCAUCUCGCAGGCCUCCUUGCCCUGGUGUUUUUGAAGCUGCCUGAGUUUUGGAUCACUGCCUGUCCUGUGCAGUUCUCUCUCUACCCAAGUGGUGUAGUGAUGUUCUGGUCUCAUGCUGUCAAGCCCCUGGUUUCCCAGUGAUUGAUCUCUUCUUCAACCAGAGCUUUUGAGCUCUUGUCUGAGCUAGAGGACUUCAUGAACUCCCAUGGCUUUGAAUCCUUUGAGUGUUGUCAGUCAGAACAGAUGAAGUUUUAUGCAACUGUAACCUCAGCUUCCUAACAGAAUGCUGACAUUUUAUUCAUUGUUUGUUUCAGCCUGCCUGUAUGUUCUAUUUUCUGGCUCAAGCCACUGUUAACUCAAUAGGAAGUCCUUUUUUUAAGUCUUUCCUUGGGGUAUUCUCUUACACACUAAAUUCUCAGAUUUCCAACCUGCUGCAGAUUCUCUAAUGUCCGUAACCCAUGUCUGCUACUUGCUUCUGUAUGUUGAUCCUGGUGACUCUCAUCCAACUUCAGAUGUUCCAUGAUUCUGUGGACUUCUGUUGAAGGACUGCAGUUGUUCUCUUGUAGGAAACCUAUUAUUUAAUACUGAGAUCUUUAAGAAUGGUUUUAAUUUAUUUUUUUAGAAGUUGAAAGAUGGUAACAGCAUUGAAAGACAUCGGAAUCCUGUCUGCAUUCUCAGAGUACUUUCUACCCUCUGCAACCCUGUCAGAGCUACUGUUUAGUAGCUGGGUUCCCUCCACGUUGAACAGCUAAAGUAUAUUUUGAAAUUCAUGUGUAACAGGUAGCAUGAAAACUUGUUCCCUGCUUUUCUUUGCACUUUAUACACCCUGAGUUUUGUGUUGCAGAGUUAACAGUUCAUGGUUUAUUGCAACCCCAUGCUGUAGUGACAGCAAAUAUAGCUAUCUUUGGAUGGUGAGUUGCAUGCAAGUCUUACUUUUCUUUUUCUUUUUUUUCUAGCAGGAGAUUUCUAUAAAGCAUCCAUGGGAAGCAUUUACAUUAUGCUGGUAAAAGUCCUAAAUGCCCAGACCUUCUCAAAAUGUCUUUACACUUGCAUCUUUUUUUACAUCAUCCUUCAAAUACUUGCUGGAAAUAGUCUUUAUGUAGAAAUGUGCACUCUUCUUUUGACCUUCUGUUUGGAAGUGCUCAGCACUCAGAGGUUUCUAGGAGGUGAAGAUUGUGUGCAUGGGUGAUAAUAAAGACUUUGAAAAUCAGGCUACUGAUUAGAAAUGCACAAACAUUUUCUUUUCUUUUUUUUCUUAGUCUUUCAGUACACAUAUAAGGAAAUACUUAUAUAAGGAAAUACAUAUAUAAGGAAAUAGAGAUUCUCAAAUAUUUAAUGCGUACAGCUGUUGUAUGCUGUUCUCAGCAGCUCUGUGAGUGACACUGUAGGCUGGGGUUGGAGCACGUCUCUGGAGCACGAGCUGACAGCUCUCCUGUUGCACUCCAAAUGAUCCAAAUCCCAAAUUAAAAAGAGGCUCUGACCAUCCCUUUCUGUAGUCACAGAUAGGCAGAAAAAGAGCAUUGCUUACCCAGGUGGAUCCUUCACAAUGAAGCACCUUAGAAAUCCCAACCAGCACCUGUAAGGCACCCCUGGAGUGAGUAGAUGUGACUUGGUGUGAUCAGUUGUUUACUUUAUUCUGAACAGAAGAAAAACAACUAUUUGUUAUUUUGUAAUAGCCAGCAUAUUGUUUUGCACUAGUAUAGCCUGCUGGACAUGUUCCUAGAGAUGAGGUUCAGACUUUGUUGUCCUAGAAGAGCAGUGUGUUGUUUCCUGUUCACCGGAACAUCCGUAGGCUUUUUGCUAUUCAGCAUGUGUUGAUACAGGAGAAUGAAGUCCCAGAGGCUGUGUUUACCAAAGCAUUGCUGUGAAUAAUUCUUGCUAUCUGGGCAUUCCUCCUGAACUCAUACAGUGAUCAGGAGUAGCUGUCUGAUGUCCUUCAGUGCAUGGUGGAGGCAUUAACAGUUCACAGAAGAGCCUAUUGGUCCCACUUAACCAGGUGGACAGUAGUCACAGACAAAUUGCAAUGAACAUGGAAGCUGAUAAAAUAUUUAACUGCCCCGGUGAAAGUUGAGCUUCUCAACUAGGCACUCAUUUCCCUCAGAGCCCUCCUGGCUGCAGUAACAGGCUCCUCUCUCUGAAUUUUGUUAAGUGUCCUAAGGGCUCUCUGGCCAGCACCUGGUUGUGCCUGCAGGAAGCCAGUAGGUGGCAACACCACAGUGAUGACUGAAGAAUGUUUUUUGGAUUUGCCAAUAGCAUCAUGUCCCGUGCCACUGCACUGAGCUGGCUGUAAACCAGGCUGCAUCAAGCCUGGCGUGCCAGUGUUCUCCAGGAGUUUGGAACAUGCAGUCUUUCUGUUGCACAAUGGCAAUGUCAUCUUUCACAUCAGAAGUCCUUGUCUUUUCUUAAGAACUGUUGUUUUAAAAUAAUAUCUGUUACUUUAUCUAAUGGUAGAUGUGAAUCACAUAAAAGUGCAUCAGUCAGUUCUUAUUUCUUCAUUGUUACUGUACCCACCACUCCAUUACUGAGAUAUAGCACUUUCCAAGAUGCUCACAGAACAUCUCUUUUGCUUUAAUGUUUUGCCUGAUCUUCAUAAAUUGUCUUAUAAUAAUAGCGUAACAAUUACAGAAAAAAUAUGUAUAAAUUUGAAACAUUCAAAUUUAACUCCCUCUGCUUACAUUAAGUUAAAUUGUUCCAGGUGUAUCACACGAGACAAACUCAGUGGAUAUUCAAAACAAAAGCUUUUCAGCUGGUGUAUUCAGGUUCAGGAGUGCACAAGACCUUCAUUUUGAAUAUAUGUGGUCUUUCAAGGCUACUGAUUUCACAAAUAACUGAGCAAUGACUUCUAUCACAACCCUACCAAAAUUCAUCCAGUAGUUCCCCUUGAAGUGCCUAUUUAAAUUGUACCUGCUAUAACCAUAUAAAAUACACAGAUUCACCCUAUGAAUUUUCAGAACUCAGGAGCAGCCGGUAUACACUGAGCCGUGCAGGAUUCCCAACCCUCCUUCUUCGUUCUGCACUGUGCACUCUUUUUAGGGUAUCCGCAUACCCACAGACCUGCCUUGAUCUCACUAAUCAUUUGCAAUCUAACAUAGUUGUCACAAAUUCUCAGUGCUGAAAAUGGAGUAGGAAAUGUUAAGCCAUAAUAAACUUAGAAGUAACUGCUUUGAGGAACUUCAUUUGCUGAUACAUCCUUCCAUAUGGGGGUCUCAGUAGAAUAAGAAUUCUGCAUAAAAAUAGAUGAGUAAGUGGCAUUUGAGAUUUAACUAGUUUUGUUUUGUAAAAGCAAACCAUAAUUCUUCUUUAAAGCAGUUACUUAAAACAGUUUUGUCUGGUACUGGAAGUCUAUAAAGCUGAAUGAUUUCAGGGAUCUCCUGUCUGCAUGACAUGACAGUUUUAGUCAUUCAAAUUUUGGAAUGCUCAUUGUGAAAUCCUGUGUUCCUUUGGAUAGUUUUUGAUGUGGUGAUAGAGAUUUUCAAAGUAGCAUCAGGAAUUUUGAUAUUCAUUUACUACUCUGUUACUGCACUAUGGCAGAAACACGCUUUAUGGACAACAACUUCUGUCCAUUAUGGAAAUAAGCAGGUAGUAGUAUUGGGCAAAUCUUUUCUUCUCCUAAAUUCCUUUCUGGCAGCACAAGACAAGGAAGAUUCUACCAAACGGUUUUGCAGACAUUCCAGCAGUAUGGAUUCAAAGGUAGGCCAGGUCACCACUCAUACAGUUAAACAGUUUUCUACUAAAAUAAGGUUGCCUAUUUGGUUCAUUUUGUGUAAUUUGCUAAAUACUUUAUAAACUUUUAGAAAAGUUGUCUUUUGACAAUACUAAUGACUACUUCUUAAAGACAUUUAACUGAUAUUUUAUAACUUUCCAUAAAUUCUGGCUUACAGGGCCCCUUAAAAUAGUUUAUGUAUCAUGCAGCCUCUAUCUGGGUAAUUAGUAAAUCUUGGGUCGUUGUGCAAAUUAUAGGAUGGGUUUUGUUUCAUAAGGGUGCAUGAAGGAAUCACCAAACUGAAGGAAUUGAAUGCAAGAAAGAUAUAAGGGGCAGAUCUUCAGCUUGGGUGAACUGGCAGAGUUUGGUGGAGGAUACUUGAUGUCAGUUACGGAUCUUGUCCUUCAAUGUUGAAGGCAUUUCCUCUACAUAUUUUCUGUCUUUCUGUAAAACUAUUUCAUAUGGUUAAACUGUAUUUUGCUAUGUUGUACUGCAAGUUUAUAUGCACCACAGUGCUCAUCUCAUCUCCUGUAAAAUAAACUGUACAGAGAAAUAUUGAGCAUGGAA